UCACCAUUUCGCAAACAUGAGGGAAUGACAGCAAUUUAUCAUUUGUCCUUCAAUAAAGCACCUCCGCUACAAGUAAAUGGAAAUGAUCAGUUCAUCUCUAUAGCACCAAGCAUUCACAAUGAUCUUCGGGAAGAUGUCUAUUCUCCACAAGAUGGUGAGCCUCUUUCUAUCACAGUGGCUUGGCUGAUUGAGUCACAUAAUGGCAACAAGGCAAGGCAGUUGGAGUUCAUUGAAGAAGCAUGUAAGAUAUCAUGGCUGGAUGGCUCACAAGCUUACAAGAAUGUACAGGUGAAAGUUCCACCGGCCAAGCUGAUCGGGAAGAAUCAGGAUCUGCAUUUAGCAUUGUACGUUAAAGCUGGCGAGCAAGAGAAAGCAUGGCAAUUUGACCUGCUGAGUGACAAAAUCAGCCAAUCAAACAACACUGUCUUUGUACCUGCUCUUUCGGCACCUAUCAAAAUUAAAGGAAGAAACGGAGGCAUGGCAGAUUCACGUUCGCGAACUCUUUCUAGAUUAUUCGAUAUCGGUUUAGAAGAACCCAUCAUCAUGGAAGAACAGAUUGGGUUCGACUUAGAAGGACAUCUUUGGGAUGCAGCUCUCCAUAUGGCUCGAUGGCUGCAUUUUCAGCUCAACAAAGGUUCGAGAAGCUUUCUUUCUCAAAUGCUGCAUGAGAAACCGUCUUUGCAGGUAUUGGAGCUCGGUGCGGGUACCGGCUUUGUAUCGAUUGCAUUAUCAGCUUUGCUUUCAGAUAGCAUCACACAAUCUGAUGGAGAAAUCGCAAGGCGGGCUUCGAUCCUUGCGACUGACUUGAUGCCAGCGAUGGAGGUAUUGCAACAAAACAUAGACCAUAACGAAUCAUCACGGAAGAAAGUGGAUCUACAAGCGGCAGUGCUCGACUGGGAAGAGUUGAAGAAAGAUAGCAAAGAAGAUGGAUAUGAUCUGAUCUUCGUGGCAGAUUGCACGUACAAUCCUGCCUACUUUGAUGCGUUAUGCCAUGCUAUCCAAUCUUCAUUGCACCCCGAAGGAAUUUGUUUGCUUGCCAAAAAGCAUCGUCACAUUGAUGAGGGGAGCUUGUGGGAUUCAAUGAAGAAGAAUAGACUCUCUUAUGAACUUGUACACGGAUGUGAAGCCACCCUAGCUGAGGAUAGCUCACAUGCUUUCACUGGGUGGGGUUUGUACAAAAUACAAUCUAUGUAAUGGUAUGCAUUCUAGAGAAAUCAAAUAUUAAAGCAAAAAGUG